CGUGCGCCCCGCGCCCCCGCGCCCCGAUGGCCCCGAGCCGCUGAGCGCCCCCCGCCCCGCCAUGGCGCGCCGCCUCCUGCUGCUGCUGCUGCUCGCGCUGGACCCGCUGGACUCGCUGCCCCGCGCCCAGGGCGCCCGCAGCCGCGCGGGCAACCGCACGGCCAGCGCCGCCGCCGUCGGGGGCCGGCGCCCCGGGGGAGCCCCGUCCCGGGGCGGCCGCGAGCUCAACGCCACGGCAGAGGCCGGGAGCCGCCGCGGGCAGCCGGCCGCCGCGGUCACCUACGAGACGUGCUGGGGCUACUACGACGUGAGCGGCCAGUACGACAAGGAGUUCGAGUGCAACAACAGCGAGAGCGGCUACCUCUACUGCUGCGGCACCUGCUACUACCGCUUCUGCUGCAAGAAGCGCCACGAGAAGCUGGACCAGAGGCAGUGCACCAACUACCAGAGCCCCGUGUGGGUGCAGACGCCCAGCACCAAGCUGGUGUCGCCGGGACCCGAGAACAAGUACGACCCGGAGAAAGACAAGACCAACUUCACCGUCUACAUCACCUGCGGGGUCAUCGCUUUUGUCAUCGUGGCUGGAGUCUUCGCCAAGGUCUCCUAUGACAAGGCCCACCGCCCGCCGCGAGAGAUGAACAUCCACAGGGCUCUGGCUGAUAUCUUAAGACAACAGGGACCAAUUCCCAUAGCACACUGUGAAAGAGAAACUAUAUCGGCUAUUGAUACCUCUCCCAAAGAAAACACACCAGUCAGAUCAUCCUCAAAAAAUCACUACACCCCUGUGCGUACAGCCAAACAGACUCCAGGACAUUAUGGGAAGGAUGCUUAUCGGAGUGGAGGACCUGAUCUUCAUAAUUUCAUCUCAUCUGGAUUUGUCACGUUAGGAAGAGGACACUCGAAGGAGAAGCCACGGAUGAACAACAUUUUGACGUCAGCCACGGAACCCUAUGACCUCUCCUUCUCCCGCUCCUUCCAGAACUUGACCCACCUCCCUCCAUCUUAUGAAUCUGCAGUAAAGUCACACCCCAGCAAGUACUCAUCCCUGAAAAGACUUACUGACAAGGAUGCUGAUGAAUAUUACACAAGGAGGCGGCAUCUGCCUGACCUCGCAGCCCGAGGAACCCUCCCUCUCAACGUUAUCCAGAUGUCCCAACAGAAGCCACUGUCACGAGAGCGACCGCGACGCCCCAUCCGGGCCAUGUCCCAGGACAGAGUCCUUUCGCCGGAACGGGGUCUCCCGGAUGAGUUUGGCAUGCCCUAUGACCGCAUCUUGUCCAAUGAGCAGCUGCUCUCAACGGAGCGGCUGCACUCCCAGGACCCCCUGCUGUCCCCUGAGCGCACGGCCUUCCCUGAGCAGUCCCUGUCGCGGGCCAUCUCGCACACGGACGUCUUUGUGUCCACCCCCGUGCUGGAUCGCUACCGCAUGACCAAGAUGCACUCCCAUCCCAGUGCCUCCAAUAACUCCUACGCCACCUUGGGUCAGAGCCAGACUGCAGCCAAGCGCCAGGCCUUCGCCUCCCGCAGACACAACACCGUGGAGCAACUGCACUACAUCCCAGGCCACCACACCUGCUACACAGCCAGCAAGACAGAAGUGACCGUGUGACCAAGCAGGCAGCGCCAGGCUUCCCGGCGGGAGCAGGACAGGGAGUGGAAGCAGAGUCACUUGCUCUCUUCACUUCCCUUUCCUGGUUCCGUCCACAGGAGGUGG